GAGAGGCGCACCAAAAAACAAAACACACGAUGCGCGCGUGGCAGUCGAUCGUCAUCCUCUUCCUCCUCGGGAGCCUCGCCCCGAAGGCGUCCGGGCAACAGCUCGCCAAGCUCCUCGCGAGCGACGCCGCGGCGGAGGACUACUUCGGCUACUCCGUCGCCAUCAGCGGCGACCUCGUCGUCGUCGGGGCGUACAGGGACGACGACGCCGGCUCCAAGACGGGAUCGGCUUACGUGUUCCGCACGACCAACGACGGCGGCUCCUGGACGCAGACCGCCAAGCUCGUCGCGAGCGACGCCGCGAAGGACAACUACUUCGGCAAAUCCGUCGCCAUCAGCGGCGACCUCGUCGUCGUCGGAGCGGACGGGAACAACGAAGACGUGGGCUCGGCCUACGUGUUCCGCACGAGGAACGGCGGCGCCUCCUGGUCCCAGACCGCCAAGCUCCUCGCGAGCGACGCCGCGAAGGACGACGUCUUCGGCGAGUCCGUCGCCAUCAGCGGCGACCUCGUCGUCGUCGGGGCGUACGGGAACAACGACGCCGGCUCCUCCUCGGGCUCGGCCUACGUGUUCCGCACGAGGAACAGCGGCGCCUCUUGGACUCAGACCGCCAAGCUCCUCGCGAGCGACGCCGCGGCGGAGGACUACUUCGGCUACUCCGUCGCCAUCAGCGGCGACCUCGUCGUCGUCGGGGCGUACAGGGACGACGACGCCGGCUCCAAGACGGGAUCGGCUUACGUGUUCCGCACGACCAACGACGGCGGCUCCUGGACGCAGACCGCCAAGCUCGUCGCGAGCGACGCCGCGAAGGACAACUACUUCGGCAAAUCCGUCGCCAUCAGCGGCGACCUCGUCGUCGUCGGAGCGGACGGGAACAACGAAGACGUGGGCUCGGCCUACGUGUUCCGCACGAGGAACGGCGGCGCCUCCUGGUCCCAGACCGCCAAGCUCCUCGCGAGCGACGCCGCGAAGGACGACGUCUUCGGCGAGUCCGUCGCCAUCAGCGGCGACCUCGUCGUCGUCGGGGCGUACGGGAACGACGACGCCGGCUCCUCCUCGGGCUCGGCCUACGUGUUCCGCACGAGGAACAGCGGCGCCUCUUGGACGCAGACCGCCAAGCUCGUCGCGAGCGACGCCGCGGCGAAGGACAACUUCGGCUACUCCGUCGCCAUCAGCGGCGACCUCGUCGUCGUCGGGGCGUACGAGGACGACGACGCCGGCUCCUCCUCGGGCUCGGCCUACGUGCUCCCCGCGGACGGCAGCGCGGUGACGCCGCGGCCUACGCUCCGACCCACUCGCGGCGGCACCAGCGGCGGCGGCACGGACACGCUCGUCGUCGUGGCCGCGGCCGUCGCGGGCGCCCUCGUGGCGGUCCUGGCCUGCCUCUGCAUCAAGCGGCGGCACGGCGCGCCUCCGGAGCGCAACGUUCCCUUCGCGCCGGCGUGGAUGGCGCCCGGCGACGGACUCGAGACACACUCCGUCGAGGAGCUCAAGGCCAUGGCGAACACGCGCGGCGUGAGCCUCGCCGGCCGGUUUAACGCGACGAUGCCGCUCCACAUCCUCACCGCCAUCGCCCUCCUCUCCGCCGCCCACCAGGGCAUCAAGGUCGCGGCCUCGUCGUCGAACCUCGGCGCGCCGUCGUCGAAGACCGCGGCCACCCCCAAGAAGCGCUUCCUCCGCUCGUCGGCGUCGGCGCAGGACCUCGUCAAGUCCAAGGAGCCCGUGCAGCUCGACAAGGUCGCGCACGCCCAGGAGUCGCUCGUCGCGCUCUCCGGCGACUCGUCGUCUUCGGAUGUCGAGGGCGCGGCCUCGCUCAAGGACCGCUUCCUCCGCGUGUCGGCGCAGGACCUCCUCGCGGUCAAGGAGUCCGUGCAGCUCGACGACGUCGCGCACGGCCAGGAGUCGCUCGUCGCGCUCUCCGGCGACUCGCCGUCCUCGGACGUCGAGGCCGCGGCCUCGCUCAAGGGCCGCUUCCUCCGCUCGUCGACGCAGGACAUCCUCGCGUCGCGCCAUCCGUUCAUGCACUCCAACUGGUACAACACGGACGAGAAACAAGCGGAGCGGGUCGUCGUGUGCGAUUUCGCGGCGGUCGCGUAUCACGUCCUCUCUAAGGUGGAGACCGACGCGUCGAAAUUGCUCGGUGGGCAGUACGCGGUCAUGGCGCGCGAGACGCGCGCGUUCGUCGAGCGGUUCGAGCGCGUCGGCGCGGCGCUCGUCUUCGUCGUCGGCCGCACGGCCACGCACGCGGACCACCUCAAGCACGGCCACGCCGCUCACACCCUUGCGUCGAAGGCCAUCCACGAGGCGCGAGCAGUCGAGCUCGUGGCGGCGGGGCGCGCCGACGAGGCGGCGGCGCACAGCAAGAAAGCGCUCGCGCCGAUGAAGAACGGGGCGGUCGUCGAUGCGCUCUUGGAUCUCGCGGCCGAGGGUCGCGUCGAGGUGCUCUUCGGCGAUGACGAGGACGAUCCAGGCGUCGCCUACGAGGCAGCGGCGCGGCACGGCUGGGUCCUCUCGGGCGACACCGACAUGGUGGCCUACCGCUACGAGGCCGUCGGAUCGAUCCAGGGCGUCAUCUUCCUCAAGGAUCUCGACUGGACGACUGCAGGCCUCACGUUCCUGCACACGACGCCCGCGCUCGUGGCGGCAGCGCUCGGACUCGUCCGCGACGGCGUCGGCCGAGGCGAGCUGAUGCCGCUCGUCGCGACGCUCCUCGGCAACGACUACGUCGACGACAUCGAGCUCGCAACGGUCCACGACCACGCGUUGCACAACGCGCUCCUCAAGCAGCAGGAGCGCUGGCACGCGCUCGACCCGGCGGUGCAUCGCGAGGCCAUGCGCGAGUUGCCCGGAAACGUCCGGCGACCGUGCCUUCUGGGCCAUCGAUGCAAGAAUACGGACUGCCCCUACGAUCAUUCGCGGAGCUUGCGUUUCUUCUGCAAUGCCAACGUGAACGACGACAACAAUAUCGGCCCCAAUUAUUGCACGCGGCCCUACACCUGCCGGUGGCGGCACCGAGGCGACGCCGGCCGGGUGCCGGUCUGGUGCGCGCAGGUGCCGGGGCCCGCCGUCGCCGACGCCGCGGCCGCAGCGGACGCGGUCGCGCGACCCGUACUGCUCAGGGGCGAACCCACCGGCGCGACGACGCGCUGGGUCGCCGACGUGCGCGCCGCGCGCGACGUCGUCGCGAACCUCCGCCACGUGGGCGCCGAAGCGUCCGUCGAGCGCCAGUUCUCCUGGGCGAUCAUCCGCGGCGUCGCGGACGCGGUCGCCGGUCACGCGUAUCACAUCGACGACGAAUCGGCGGUGCUCGACGCCGUCUGCGGGGCCGGGACGGACUUGGCGGACAAGGUCCGGACGGCCGUCGCCGCGUACGAACCGCGCCGCGCGGACCUCCGCGUCGCGGACGCGCCCUACGCCGUCGGCGACGGCGUGGCGGCGCGCUACGCGUACCAUCAGAUGCUCUCGCCGCUCCGCGACCGGCACCUUGGCGACCACUUUGACGCGUUCGCCCACUUCCCGCGGCGCCUCGGCGACCUCAAACUCGGGCUCGUCCACGGCGCGGGCGCGGCGGGCGUCUGCUGGCUCAUGCAGGCCGACGGCUCCAUCGCCCUCGUCGAGCGCCGGGCGUCGAGCCCCGAGGCGCUGCCGGAUCUCGCGCAGCUGCUGGCCUCGGACGCCGCGAGGCGCGACGGCGUCCUCGCGCUCCUCGGCGCGUCCGACCUCGGCGACCUGCCGGCGCCGCUGCUCUGGCCCCUCGCGACGCUCCGCUUCUGGCUCGCGGCCGGCGGCGAGGCGAUGCCCGGCGUCGAGCCGCCGCCGACGCUCGGCCCGCGGCAGAUCCGCGCGAUCGUCGAGGCCACGACGCAGCGAUGCCUCGAGGCCCGCCUCGGCUGCGACGCGCGGGAGCCGGACCGCUGGGCGCCGCCGCUCGUCGGCGCGCUCGCCGAGCCCGCGUUCCGGGCGCUCAUGGCCUGGGUCCGCGCGCUCGAGGGCGUGCGGGGGCUUCUGGCGAUUGGCGCGACGGGCGACCGCCCGGAGCUUCCGGCGGCCGUCUUCGACGGCGAGCUCCUCCUCGCCAUCUGGAACGCGCACGCGGGCGGCGGCGCGACGCCGACGUCGGCGUGGGAGCGCUACGAUGAGCUCGCCGCGCGGGCGGCCGGCGCCGCGCCGCUCGUCGACGCGCUCGUCGCGCGCGUCACCGAGGGCCUCGCGGUCGACGCGAUGCCCCAAGUCGCGUUCCAGGCGCGUUCCGUGUCCGAGACGGUCGACUCCUGGGAAGACGAAGGCGACGAUGCGCCGACGCUCCCCGUCGACGCGAAUGCCGCGUGGGACGCGGUCGUCGGCGGCGUCUAGGAAGAAGAUGACGCCGUUGAUCGCGACGAGCCCGCGCGCGACGGUCGCCCCGGGGGAGAUAAGCUCC